UCCAUUUUAAAGUUGAUAAAUAGUUUAUUUUAUUUACAUGAAAAAUGCAUGGAGGUUGGGAUUUGCUUCUCAAUAACUUAAGAGGUUUCUUAUUUGUUUGUAGUUCUCUGUGGUGAUGUGAAUGUUAGGAAAAUCCCAGAAGCCACUGAGUACUAACAGAGUAUUAUUUAUUCUUCUGCUCUUAGCAAGAGUGCAGGAAACACCUGUAGCUGUUUCUUAAGCAGGAAUAUGUUCAGUGAAUUUCUUUAGUGUUUUACAGUUUUCAUGGCACACAUUCCUUUGUCACAUUUAUUUCAAGUAUUUUGUUGUUGUUUUGUUUUGUUUUAGUUUCUUGACAAUAGUAUUGUCCCCUUGCUUUCUGUGUUUGUCUUUUGUAUAUUAAAAAGGAUACUGAUUCCUGUGCUUUAACUCUGUGUUUUUCAACUUUUAUCAAUAUUUAUCAGUUCUAGGAGUUUUUUUAUGAUUUAGUUUUUAUGUAUAGAAUCUUAAAACCUGAAAAUAAACAUAUAUUGAUUUCUUCCUUUCUCAUUUGUAUUUGCUUCAUUACCUUGACUUGUUUAAUUGCUUGACCUAACACUGUUAGAAGUAUGUUGAGAAGUGAGAAGAGAGAACAUCCUUGUCUUGGUCUUGAUUCCAAUAGAAGUACUUUGAAUUAUUCUCUCUUUUGGGUGACUUUUGCUGUAUAUUGCCUUUAUUAAGUUGAGAUAAAUCCCUUGUAUCACUAUUCUCUGCACAACUUUCCUCACAAAUGGAGGCUGUAUUUUAUCAAAGGUCUUUUAUGUAUGCAAUAGGGUGGUACUUGUACUUAUGUGGUAGAUUAUGCUAAUUCUCAUGUAUUGACACUUUCCUCCAUCUCUGGGAUGAAGUUGCCUUAAGCCUAAUUGGAAAUCUGUUUGUGUUACUGCAUUUCGUUUACACGUAUUUUAUUAAUGCCUUGUUCACCUAUGGUCAUCAGAGAUGUUGGUGUAUGACUUUCUUUUCCGGUUCUUUGGUUUCAGCAUCAGGAUUAGACUCACAGUAAAUGUUUUCUAACUGUUUUUGGAAUAUCUUACCUUUUCAACUUUGAGAAUGUCGUGGCUGCCCUUUUCAUACUUUUCUUCCCCUACCUUUAUAUUGGCUCAAAUAGGAUUCAGGAAGUAAUAUUGACCUAUUGUCAAUACAGAUUACAAUACUGUGCACACUGAAAAGGUAUACUUCUUGGUUCUGAACCAUGUAUGAUCUUGGUUCCAUUACAGAAAUAUUUUCAGAACAAAAUCUGCUUCCUAAAUGUCAUAGUUUAGGGCUCACCUGCUUUGUUUUGCAACGUACCCUGUUUUUGCUUUUUGUUUGUUUUGUUUUGUUUUUUGAAAAACUGCUUUUAUUUGUUGUAACAGAAAACUGUUAUUUGGCCUAUUAAUUUAAAAUUGAUAUUUUGUAAUUACAUCCUUGAUUAUAUGAAAACAAGUCACUAUACCAUUUAUUUCACUUCUUAUUGUGUUUUUAUUGAAUUUCACCAAGUCCAUUAAUGAACAUAAGAGGAAGGACCAUGGAAAGGAGUAUAUCUCUUACAUAUUCACAGAAGAUGAUGCCAAGCAGGAAUACUGUGUAUCAGACCUAAAUUUCAUUGGAAGAACCUGACUGAGGAAGUGAAAAGGAAAGGAUGGGAAAUAGGAAAACAUUUGAAAAUAAGGCUGUUGACAGGCUGGAGAGGAAGGAGGAGAUUGAAAAUUUAAAUUGUGCUACCUGAAACAAUGUAUUUUCAUGGAUACAAAUAUGUCUUUGCCUAUUUAAAAAAGUACUAGUUACUAUGAGGUAGGAUUUAUCCAUGUCAGUUAUGGUACAAUAUGCUUUAGGAAUUUAAUUCCUAGGGACUUAAAUUGAAAGUUAGUAGUAUGGUUAUUUAAAAACUCAUAAAACAAUUUAAAAAGAGAUAAUUUCUCACUGUAAUUGUGUACUUUUCUCCAUUUCCAUUGCUUAUAUAGAUACAUAUUACUUCUUACCAUCUUGUAAAUGAUGUUUAGUUACUUAUAAUAGUUUUUCUUUAUGUGAGCAUAGUUAUAAAUACAGAUGAUAAUAUAAAAUAAUACAAAGAAUAGUGUACUCUACCUUACUUAUCUGUUUGUAAAUACUCAUUUGUGUGUGUGAAUAUGUGUGUGUGUGUGUGUGUGUGUGUGUGUGUACUUUUAAUAUGAGUGAGGCAUGUGCCUUGAGAGUGUGGCGGUUGCUGUGGCAACAGAAGCAAGCAAGUCUUUGUUACCUAAGGAUGAUGUCAUUGCUGGAUUCAGAGGCUAGCUGUAAACCACUUCUGAUGAUAACAUACCUCCCUUUUUCUUAUCAUAGAGAGAAGAAAACAGGGAAACAGGGGAAGCCAAUGCUAAAAGGGAAAUAGGGGCUUUAGACCUCUUAAACUGCUCCCUGCUGUCUAGGAGCAUUAUCAGUUUUGGGAUGUAGCUGACUUUCACCAUCCAGCCCACUUGAUAGUUCUGUAAAAGGAACUGUUUGACUUUUUGGUUAGAAUAUUUUGAAUUUGUCUUUGAAGGAAUGUGGAAACAAGAUUAAUGAGGCAGGGAGGAAAUAGUAGGUCCAGGAAAAUGGGGAGAAGAGGCAUUAAGAAGGGCAGUAUGCUAUUUCCAUUUAGGGUUUUGAAAAUCCCAGGAAUUGGAGGCCUCAUGCUGUUCCCUGCAUUUCUGGAUUUCUGAUUGCAGCUGAUGGAAUGUAUUUCUUACUACCCCAGAUUCGUUGACAUAGAAACAGCAUUCUUCCUGGUGAAACAGACAAAGACCACCUUCUUUAGCUGUCAGGACUUCUAGUCUCUGUCAGUUCUGAAGCACAACUGCUGCCAACGAAUCGAUCUUUUUCUGGAUGAUGAGCAUGGUUUCAUACAUUCCUUGGAAACCGUUGUCACGCUGGGAUAAGAACUUCUUGUAUAGGGUUAGAGAAGUCUUCGGCCCUGCUGUUCCGGUGCCAGCACCUGUAGCUACUCCUGCAGCAACCAGCAAUGGCACAACCUGCAGUGCCCUCUUAUGCUGGACAGGAAUGUCAAAAACUGGAAUUGGUAGAGAUUCUUUGCCAUUUAUUACUCCUAGUUCAGGGAAGGAACACCAGUGUGCAAACUCUUCCUGACCACCUGGCAGGAACCAAGAAGAUGCCAAUGCCAGUUCUAGCUAUAAUGUUUAGGUCCUGAGAUGGAGAAGGGGAGUUAACAAAAGUGAAGACACUGACCACCUUUUGAUUUUCAGGCAAGUGGCCACAAAUAACUUGAGCCUUUUAUAUUUAUACAAUAACAAUUGUGCUUACCCAAGUAGUGAUAUCAUUGCUUACAUUAUUAAAAAAAUCAUAAUAUCCACAUUUCAAAAGCUCUAUCUUUACACAAAGUCCCCAAUAGUUCCCCUUCCUCCUUCUCCCAUUCCUUGGAUCAAUCACCACCUAAACUUAUUUUGCAUUAAAAAGCACAAUUUCAGCAAGACAAAAGAGAUGUCUGGCCAGGCUUGUGCUGUAAACAGGAAGACAUACUGGUCUGGUGCCAAACAUGCUUACAUAGUCAUGCAUGGUGAGAGGCCGAAUUAAACAUUUGUUGGUAAACUAUCUCUAGUUAUUAUCUCCUAUCAUAAUUCCCUUUUAAUUGCAGACAGACAAGUUCAUUUUACAAAGCAGAUCUUCUAGACAUCUUUCUAAUAUAUAGAUCUUUGUAAGAUGUAAUCAUUCUAAGAGCCAGUUUCAAGUCUCUAUCAAUCCCACAUAAUCUCUGCAUUUUCCAUGUCUCUACUGAUCAGAUAGAGUUUCUUAAAAACAGUUAUGUAAGCAGGACCUACCUCUCUCCACAACUGACACAGACUUGCUCAGUGUGACUGGGUACUUCUCUAAAGAUAUGAUUAUAAGUCUCAAAUUCCCAGGAUUUAUGGUAACAUCUGGAGGAUUGAUAGAUACAAAAAGAGGUGAAGAACAUUUUAUCCCUUGAGAGAGUUUUGAGAAAGAUGUAGAAUCAUCCACAGUGACUUAGUCUGUGUGACUCCAGAUGGCCUUGUCCAUGACUGAUGAAGUGCUACAAUUUUGAUAAUGACUAUAUGCAGUACAAUGAAGGAAAGGAGAGCUUGUAGGGCAUGCCAACUUGGUACUAAAUAUAAAGGCCACCAAAUUUACCUUGUCAAUGAGAAGUGGUUUAAAUGGACUUACCACAGUAGAAUCCUGUCACUGAAGCACUCAUAUGCUAUUCCUUGCAGCAGCUACAUGGCCACUGCCAGAAAGAGGUAGCACCUCUAUUAAAUUAUUUCUAAUACAUGCAUGAGGAUCUGAGUGCGGUCUCCAGAGAACAUGUAAAAAGUCAUGGGACUGUGUUCCAAGCUAAUCAUCCUGAUGCCUGUGCAAUGGAAAAGAAAGAAACCCUGUGGCUUGACAGAGCCCCAGUCUAGCUAAAUUGGUAAUUCCAUGGUCAACUUGAGACCAUGUCACAAAAUCAAUACAGUAGAGAGUGACUGAGAAUGAUACCCAGUAUUGACCUUUGACCUCCUUAUUCACACCUGUGGACAUGCACCUGCAGACACAUGUACACCCACACAAACAUGUACACACAAAAUACUGCGAACUUAUAAGCAGAUUCAAGCCUCUUUAGAAAGUUUCAUGUCAUUUUUUACCCUGCAACAUCUCUCAUACAGCACACUGUUCCUUAUUGUUUGCACUUUAUCUUUUUUUAGUUUUAGAUAUAUUAUGCCCAUUGUCUAUCAGAAUGAAUUUCAUCUUUAAAAAUAACCUCAGAAUCAUUAUAUUCAUUCAGCCUCCUUGUCUUUAGGCAACAGAAAUCAUUUUUUUUAACUUAUUUUUACAGGAGACUGGAGAGAUAACGGAGAAGUUAAGAACAUGUACUACUUUUGAAGAAGACCCAUGUUAGAUUCAAAGAACAAGAUGACUCAUAAUCACUGAUACCUGGUCUAACUGAAGCGGUGAUUUGAAAUAUUGCUGAAUUCACUGGCCAUUUCAGUAUAGAAAGAACUGGAAAUGAUAUCUAAAAGGAGAAGACCAAACUGAGCAAAGCAUACUCUAGCUAAUGCUGCAAGGUAACAUGGUGAUCAACAUAGUUGGUUCCUGACAGACCAGUGUUUCAUCUGUGGAUGUCUAAAAGAUAUAACACUGUGAAAAUCUACAUAUUUUUAGAGAUGUAACAUUCCUCCUCUGUUCACUGUGAGGAUAAAAUUAAAUUGAUCAUGCAAUAGUCUUAGUGGGAACUAUGUCAAACUAAUAACCAUACAUGAUAGCAAUUGUUAUUUGGACUCUCUUCUUGAUGCUGUUCUUUCACAGCAAGUCUGUUAUCAAUUAGUAUUCAAAAUAUAACUGAAAAGAAUGCCUCUACUGAAAACAGUUGCUUAUCUAAAACCUAAUAGAAUACAUAUUCUAUGAAACUCCACAUGACUUUUCCUCUUCUUCUCCUUCUUCCUCUUCCUCUUCCUCUUCCUUAUCCUAUUCCUCCUCCUCCUCCUCUUCUUCCUCUUCUUCCUCUUCUUCCUCUUCUUCCUCUUCCUCUAACUCUUCCUCUUCCUCUUCUUCCUCUACCUCUUCCUCCUCCUCCUCCUCCUCUUCUUCCUCUUCUUCCUCUUCUUCCUCUUCUUCCUCUUCUUCCUCUUCCUCUAACUCUUCCUCUUCCUCUUCUUCCUCUACCUCUUCCUCUUCCUCCUCCUCCUCCUCCUCCUCCUCCUCCUCCUCCUCCUCUUCUUCUUCUUCUUCUUCUUCUUCUUCUUUUUCUUCUCCUCCUCCUCCUUCUUCUUCAUUCUUCCUCCUCCUCCGCCUCCCUCCUCCCCUCCUCCUCUUCUUGCUCUCUCUCUCUCUCUCUCUCUCUGUCUCUCUGUCUCUGUCUCUCUCUCUCUCUCUCUCUCUCUCUCUCUCUCACACACACACACACACACACACACACACACACACACACACACACUUGCCCUUUCUUAGAAGAUCUAGGGUAAGGCAAGCCUCAAAUUCCUUAUGUAUGAUAAAAUCUUAUCCUGAGUCCUGGGAUGAACUGCUCAAGUCAUUAUAUCUGGUUAAGUUAUAGAAGAAUGUAUAUCAGUGCCUUGUACAUGCUAGGGAUGCAUUGUUCUGAAGUUUAUCUCCAGCCCCCAUCCACUUCCUAAAGCACAACAUUUUCUAGCUUUAAAUUGUUGAGGCAGCAUCUCAUGAACAUUAUGUUGGUUUUAAUUUUACUGUGUAAUUGAAAAUGACCUUGAAUUUCUGUUCUUUGCGUCCCUACUUCUCGAAUACUGGAAGUACAGCUGUGUGCUGCCACACUGAGUUUUUUCUUUCUUCCUUGCCAGAAAAAUAAUAGUGAACAAUUCAUCUAAUGUACAAGACAUGUGGAGGAGGAGCUGUGACUCAAGAUAUUUGAGACACACACACACACACACACACACACACACACACACACACAUUAAUAUCACAGCUCUGUCUAUAUGUUCAAUUUUCACAGGUAAAGACACACUGUAUGCCAUGAACAAAAUCCCCAUGCAAAUUAAUUUUAGCUAACAAACCAGUCAAGCAUUUUGCUCCUUCCCUUUAUAAUUUGUUUGGCAUGCUAAUCACUAUACCACACCUCCUUGACAACUGUUUUGUCUUGCAAAUUCACAGAUGGACACUCAGUGUAGUGGCAGUUGACCAGGAGAGAUUUUGCUAAAGUGUGUGUUGUUUUGUUAUAUCCAGGUUCCUUUAAUUAAAAUUUCAGACCUAUGAUAUAUCCUUAUGGAAAGCUGCACUUUGUUUACACUGAAAAUACUAUCUUUUAGAAAUAUUAAGGGUUGAUGCUGAAAAGAUGGUUUAGUCAACAAAGGGCUUGCCACACUACAUCAAGACCUGAGUUUGAGCACCAGAAACCAUGUGCUGCAGCUUGAUUUCUAUUACUAGGAUAAAACAUCAUAACCAAUUACAACUUAAUACAGAAACACUUUGUCUUAAGAUUAGAUCAUCAUAAGGGAAAGUGAAGGCAGAAACUUGAAGAUAGAAACCAAAGCUGCCACGAAGAAACACUGUUUAAUUGUUUGUUAUCCAUGGCAUUCUCAGCCUGCUAUCUUCUACAACCAAAGACAAACUGCCAAGGUGAGGCCCCACAAUAUUCCUAACUCCAAUACUCCAUCUUUACAAGGAAAAGGCCUAGGAACCAGUCUUUUGGGAACAUUUUUGUCAGAAGCCAUAGUAGGGGGUAUGCUUCAGAUUAUAAUCUGCAACAGUUUUGCUUUAUAGGCGAAGCCCAAGAGAAUUCAUUUUAGGAAAGAUUCCUGAUAUUAAUAUAUGUUUCUUGUUAUUAUUAAACAUAUAUAGCAAUCAUUAGGUACUAGCCCACCCCUUUUGAGCAGAUAGCUGCAGAUCUAUGAAGAUGUACUUUCUUGCAGUGAUGCUAUAUAGACAAAUAGAUGACUUCUUAAUUCUUAAGGAUGAUCCUACAAGAAUUACUGAAAUAUCAGUGAUUAUUAAGCUCUCUUAAUAGUAGUACUGCUAGUAGAUCCCUUUCUGAUAGUCAAAACUGCAAUGAGAAUUCUGUCAGUCUCCCAUGUAUCACCAAGUAAUUGAUUCUUAGACAGUAACCAUACUUUCUAUUACUCAGAACACAUUCCAAGAGAUUGUUAAAACAAUUAACUAAGGUCAUGUAAAGGGAACUUGUGGAGGGCCGUCAUCACAUUCUCCAUUGUAAGAUGGCGCCGAUAUCCGGCAGGAUGCAUCUAAUAAAAGGGCAAUACACAAGCGCCUGGUAAAUUCCUCACUCAGGGGGACACGUAUGCUGUGGUACGUCAUCUGGCACAUCUGGCAGCGACCAGACAGAGAGUGACACGUCCUAGGCGAGGAUAGUUUCCUAUAUAAGGGAUGGUCUUUCCCUCACUCGGGGUCUCCGUAUUGUAAGCUUGUGCUCUCACUCUCAAGAUGCAUUAAAGCUAUUUCUUCAGAAGGAUCCUUUGUGUCCUGCGUCAUUCUUGCUGGCGAGACGUAGUGUGGGACAUUUGGUGCCAGAAACCCGGGAAAAAGACCUCAUCAGCACCUCCGGAGACCCCUUUGUGACAAGGAGGAUUCAGAACUGCAGGAUAAUGAAACUCCAGUUUGGGUUCCGGGACGACUUACUCGGAAUAUCAAGACAGAGGAUCAAGAAGAUGACAACUCUGGUGAUCCUCAUGCUGAUCCAGGGAGUGCCAAUAAAAGUGCAGAGUGAACUACGGUGGGGAUUUAUGUCAACCUUCCCCCUCCCGAUGCCGGUGAUGUAUAAUGCCCAAGUGUUUCCACGUUUCUUUACUACCAACAAAGAAUUGGGACUAGCCUAUUUACCACUAGAUUCCCAAAUAGAGCAAGUAAAAGAAAAUAGGACUAUUCCCCUUAAGGGGAGCCUUUGUUUUGGCAUAUUCAACAAAAUAUCUUCUGAUCUUCCUUGCAUUAUGUUGAGUAAUCAAUCUUGGUUGGUUAAGGAAGGCCACAUGGGGAACUGGUGAGGAAGACAUUGUGGCUAAUGCCACAGUUCUCUAUGGUUGGUGGCCUUACAUUAACUCCUCCACCUGCCCUCUCCGUCAACCAAGGUUGGCACCCUUUUGUAGAGGGACCCAGGAUGAAGAACUUACUUUGCCGUGGACUGGUUGCCAGUCCCGGGACUCUGCCUGGGCAGUCCAGAAUUUUUUCUCCUUCUCCCCUGAUUUGGGAGGCGGAGUGAACUUCACCACCAUUGAUCCUAGACGGUCCAAUAAUAAUCCCUUUGAUCAAUGGAUGCUUUGUGGCGUUAAUGGUAGCUGCACUGAUCUUACGCCCAUAGCGAUGCUACUUGGAGGAAAGGGCGAAAAGGGACGGUUAUUAUUUUCCUGGACGGGGAAUAUCCACCCUUCAGCCUCUGUCUGGACAGCUACUCGUAUAAAAUAUAAACCUUACUGGAGCACGGGGUUUAACCCUGCUCCGGUUUGUGUCUGGCCGCCAUUUGUGUGGAUUAUAAGUAAUGCCACUAAAGUUUCUAAAUUGAAUUGUACAGACGGUUCAUGUUUUUAUGCCCUGUGUUGGGAUGCUAGCCAAUAUCCCAUAGCGGUAGUUACCUGUAUGCCUCGCUUUAUCCCGGUCCCUGUUGAGACUCCGGGGACCCUGACCUUAUUUAGAGGAAAGAGAGAUUUUGGCAUUUCUGGGAUCAUUGUUGGCAUUAUUGCUACAAUGGCAGUUGCUGCCUCAGUUACUGCUUCGGCAUUGGCCUUGUCAAACACAGUACAGACAACCCAAACUAUCAAUGAUUUAUUGGCUACCGUCUCUGUGGCUCUGGGCAGACAGGUCUCGGCUAAUACUCAGAUACAAGGAGGCCUCAUGCUUGUUAAGCAACGUAUAGAUCUGGUCCAAGAGCAACUAGACAUCCUAUGGCAACUGGCCCAGCUUGGCUGUGAACUAAAGCUCCCCGGCCUUUGUGUCAUGUCUAUACAAUAUGAACAAUUUACCAAAGCUGCCAAUUUGUCUAAAACCCUUUCACAGCAUUUGUUACAGAAUUGGACCUCAGAUUUUGAGCAGACGCUCAGGGAAUUGAGAGCGGCCAUCAUUCAAGUAAACUCUACCCGACUGGAUAUGUCUUUGACAGAAGGAUUGUCAUCCUGGAUCACCUCAGCAGUCUCUUAUUUUAAGGAAUGGGUGGGGGUGGGACUUUUUGGAGCAGUCCUCUGCUGCGGGUUAGUGUUACUCCUCUGGUUGCUUUGCAAAUUAAGAUUUCAAACAAAGAGGGACAAAAUUGUGAUCGCCCAGGCGCUUAUAGCCCUUGAACAAGGAGCGUCAGCCGAUAUUUGGUUAACCAUGCUUAAGCAAUAGGUCGCCAGCUGGACAGCUCUUGCACUCCUAGAACCUCGGUUCAUUGCACAGGAUUAGAGUGUCCGGCUUGAGCAGCCCAUGAGGGAUGACGAGCUUAGCAUCGCACAGGGAAGCUCUACCAAACACGCUCCCUGGAAGGCAUGUCAUAUUACAUGAGGGUAUCUGCCCCAGUUUUCCCUCCCUCAAAAAAAUGGGAGUGCCCUGGGUCUCAACAACAGCUUAAGGGUAUCUCUCUUGUACAGGUUCGCCAACUUUGUGCGAGGAUAUGACCUCUGCCUUCACCCUCCUAUUUAUGGGUGUCCUAUUUGCUUAAAAACAGAUAAGGGGGAGAUGUGGACGGCCGUCCUCACAUUCUCCAUUGUAAGAUGGCGCCGAUAUCCGGCAGGAUGCACCUAAUAAAAGGGCAAUACACAAGCGCCUGGUAAAUUCCUCACUCAGGGGGACACGUAUGCUGUGGUACGUCAUCUGGCACAUCUGGCAGCGACCAGACAGAGAAUGACACGUCCUAGGCGAGGAUAGUUUCCUAUAUAAGGGAUGGUCUUUCCCUCACUCGGGGUCUCCGUAUUGUAAGCUUGUGCUCUCGCUCUCAAGAUGCAUUAAAGCUAUUUCUGCAGAAGGAUCCUUUGUGUCCUGCGUCAUUCUUGCUGGCGAGACAUAGCGUGGGACAGGAACUAACAAUUUAUUAUAGGUAAAAGAAGAUAAAAUAUCGUCUGGGUUAAUCUAUACAAAACUUCACUAAUAGCUUAGUUAUGGUUUUCAACUCUCUAUGAAUCUGUGAAGAUGUGACAGGUGGUGGAUGUUUAACUAGAUAAUUACUCCUAAUGGCUAUGCAUGUAAACACUCUCAGUUGUAAACUUCUAUGUCAUUUAUGAUUUGCUUUUAUGUGUGAACCUGUGAUGAACUUUUUAACAUGUGAUCAUGUAUUCUGAAAGUUGUAUAAGUACUGAGGACAAAAAGAUGAGAAAGAAAAUUUUUCCCUUUUCCCAUUCAGGAUCUUUCUGCUUCUCCCCUUAAAUAGCUUCCAUAAGAAAUGUUUUACAACUUAGUAAUAAACAUUAUAAUCACUUCUCAAAGUACCCCCCUUUUCCUGUAACUUCUGACUAGCUGGUGGAAAGUUCUAUCUGUGCAGUUCCUGCUGAGAUAGCACAAAGUCUACUUAAUCCUUUGCUGUUUUAGGAAGAGGUGUUAAGUGCCAGAAACUUGCAGUUUCUAGGCAGUUCAGCUACAGUAUCAAGGUCAUUUAGUCUCAGAUAAGUAAAUUUUUUUAUUAUUACACAGCAACCCUAAAUAUGUCAUAAGACAAAGUCUUAUCCCUGUAUCUUGUAAGGAACAGUCGUAUCCUCUCCCGAUGCUCUUUCCUUUCUCUGCCUUAUGAAAAACUGACAAGAAAGAAGACCCUGCCAAAGUUGGCACUGGGCACAUUUUUUUUUUCAGUUGAAGAUUCCUCUUCCCAGAUGACCCUAGUUUGUUUCAAGUUGACAAAAGAAAGUAGUCAAGCAGUAUGCAAUGUAAAAAGGAGGACAACUAAAAAAUGUCUAAUUCUACCAGUGAGAAAAUAAGGAAGUUAAGCAGAAAUAGCUCUUGUGUGCUAGGAAUAGUCAGUUUAACCAAUUUUCAAGAUACAGCUUCUGUUAUGAAAACUUAUCUCAAGAAGAAGAUAUUUAAAGGAGAUAAAGAGGAACCUUAAUAAGAGGACUAAAGGGGGACAGGGAUGAGGUGGUAGGCUAUUAUAGGGACUACUGUGACAGACAAGUAACUAUAAACACCACUUGAAUAUACAUUUGGGACACUACCACUAUAGAACUUUCCUAAGCUACACACACACACACACACACACACACACACACACAAUUAUAUGAAAGGAAGAUAGAGCCAUCAAAGAUGAAGUACUAAAUAGAUAUCAUAUGUAACCAUGUAAAACGUUCGGCCAGGAAUGCCUUGCAUAUUGUUAAAUCAUUGAUGAAAGACAAUACCAUAGAUCACCCCUCCCAUCACAGGCCAUUCUUCUGGGCAUUAUUUACUCUCUAUAACAUGAUCAUAAAUGUAUAGUGCUGAGGAUAACAUACAAUGUCAAACAUGGAGACGUAGAGCCAGAGCCCAAAUAAAUGUUUCAUUCCUAUUGACUAGAGUUUAUGAUGCUGGAAGGGAAAAAAUAUUUAGAUAUAAGCCCUAUAAUCUAUAACAGUCAGUUGGUUAAAAAAUGUACUCACUUAAUAGUGGUAUAAAUGUGUGAAUAAACAACCUCUUUUCUUUUACAUUGUAUUUGAGCCCCACUCUGUGAGACAGAAUUCAUAUCUGGCACUGAUGAAGUAGCCACAAACCUGAUAAUAUAUAUAUAUGUAUAUGUAUAUAUAUGUGUUUGUGUGUGUGUGUAUUUUCACAUACAUUAAGAGAAAAGCAAUAAUUUUAUUAUUGUAAAGGAACAUAGCAAUAAAGUGAAUGGCUCCUGCUAAUGUACUGUUGUUACACGUGUAGAUCUGUGCCAUGUUCAGCCUUCGUAAGAGAAGCUUUCUUUCAGUUGAAGGGAACUAAUAUAGAGUUCGGAUAGUGAUGGAAUUUUGAGCUCUCUAUCAUAAGUGAAAUUUUUUUAUCAUACCCCUUACCUAAAAUGUCAGGCAUCUGUAUGGAAGAGGAGGCAGAAAGAAUGAAAGAGCCAGAGGUAGGUGAUGACUUCAAAGAAACCGUAUUUUCAAAACACAAUCAUACAGAUACACAUAUGAAGUCAUAGGAACUCUGACAGCUUGCACAAGUUCUGUGCAAGCUCAAGCCAGAUUAAAAAGCUAGCACUGAGAAGGAAACAUAUAUACAAAGUCUCAUCCCCAGGCCAGAAGCUGUUGGUGAUUGAAACUUGCUGACAAAGUGAAAACCAAUUUUCUCCAAAGGAGUAUCAUGGUAUACCAACUUCACUCACUAGAAAGGAAAAAAAAAACAUGCCCUGGAGUGUUGGGCAGCACAUUGUUGACUCUACAAUUCUUUGUGUGUCUCUGUGUACACCUUGUCUUAUUUUGUUUGUUUGGGUAUUAUUUUGUCUUAUUACUUUUGUGUUUAUUUUUAGUUGAUUUUUGGGUAGGCUUUAUAUUCUUAAGAAAGGGAAAGAUAGAGUUCUAGAAAAAGCAUAAACACGGAUUUGUAGAUAGGUUUGGAGUAUUUGUGUAGAUUUCAAUGAGAAGAAAAAAUAUAACCAAAAUGUAUUUUCUGUAAUUUUAUUUUUUAAUUAAAGAAGUAAAACUUUAAAUAGAUAAAUAACAUAUAAGGUAGGAAAGAAAUGAAGAAGACUUUGAAUGGCAACCUCUAGUUUCUACAGUCACCUAUACCAAAAGGAAUGCACACUAAGUAAACACUAAAUUUCUACAAAUAACAGUGGAUAAUAAAAACACUACACUCAUAAAAAUAGAAAAAAAUUAGGGUUUAUCAAGUAACACAGAGAAAGUAUCAUUGUAUUGCCAUAAAAAUUUACUUAAAAAUAUGAUAGUUUAAUCUUGUAUGUUUUAGAAAAGUUGGAAGGCAUAAAAGGUUUGACCUUCAGGCCUUUUUUGGUUUUCGAAAAGAGUUGAAUUUAAGAAACACGUCUAUCUGCAGCAUGGUCUUUAUACUGAAAGCACAAAUUCUUAUUUUAUUCUUUUCAUGGCUAUUUAUCCUCAUCACGGUGAUUAAUUUUGUUGUCAACUUGACAGCAUCUAAAAUCACCUAGGAGACAAACUUCAGGAAAUAUCUGUAAUGUGGGUUCUGAAUUUAAUUGAUUAAUGGGGAAAGACUCCACCUAUGUAUAGGCAACAUCAGCAUUCACCUCUUUCUAUUUGCUGACAAUAUAGGGUGGGUUACUAGCUGUGUAUUAUUACUUCUCCUGUGCACUGUAUCAUGAACUCUAAUCUCAAAUAAACCAUUUAUUUGUUAAGUAGUCUUUUUCAGAUAUUUUGGCAUAAGAACAGGCAAAGGGAAAAAGAUAUUUCAUGUGUAAUUUGUCAUAAUUAUACAGAUAGGAUGUUAGAAAGAAAAAUGGUCCUUUGUCCUCAUGUCUAAUGAAGUCAUUGGCAAGUUGGAUCCUUAGAUAAUCCCAAUUUGGUCCUAACAAAUAUUCCUUGGCCAUAAGGUAAAAACUAACUUUAAUCUAUUUCUAGAUUAUAUUUGAUAUUAAAAACCAUAUUGGACCCACAGAUAAGUUUGCAUACAUCUAUUUCUUGCCCUUGGUUUUAUCUUCUCUGUAAAGUAUGGCAUGGAUAUGUCUGACUAUAUGUUUCCUCUUUAUGUGGUAGAAUCUUUACAUAGAAGAACCUAGCUUUAUGGUAACACAUACUGAUCUUUUUUUUUAAUCUUUAUUAACUUGAGUAAUUCUUAUUUACAUUUCGAUUGUUAUUCCCCUUCCCGGUUUCUGGGUCCAAAUCCCCCUAACCCCUCCCUGCCCCUUCUAUAUGGGCUUCCCCUCCCCAUCCUCCCCCCAGUACUACCCUCCCCCCAACAAUCAUGUUCACUAGGUGUCCAGUCUUGGCAGGACCAAGGGCUUCCCCUGCCACUGGUGCUCUUACUAGGCUAUUCAUUGCUACCUGUGAGGUUGGAGCCCAGGGUCAAUUCAUGUAUAGUCUUUGGGUAAUGGCUUAGUCCCUGAAAGCUCUGGUUUGUUGGCAUUGUUGUUCAUAUGGGGUCUCGAGCCCCUUCAAGUUCUUCCAGUCCUUUCUCUGAUUCCUUCAACGGGGGUCCUGUUCUCAGUUCAAUGGUUUGCUGCUGGCAUUUGCCUAUGUAUUUGCUGUAUUCUGGCUUUGUCUCUCAGGAGCGAUCUACAUCCGGCUCCUGUUGGCCUGCAAUUCUUUGCUUCAUCCAUCUUAUCUAGUUUGGUGGCUGUAUAUGUAUGGGCCACAUGUGGGGCAGGCUCUGAAUGGGUGUUCCUUCUGCCCCUGUUCUAAACUUUGCCUCCCUAUUCCCUGCCAAGGGUAUUCUUUUUCCCCUUUUAAAGAAGGAGUUAACACAUACUGCUCUUAUUUUGUGUGUGUGUGUGUGUGUGUGUGUGUGUGUGUAUGUGUGUGUGUGUGUGUUUGUGUGUGUGUGUGUGUGUGUGUGUGAUAUACAUGAUAAUGUCUGGGUAUGUUUGGUGACAGAGGACAGAGGAAGACAUAAUGCAUCUAUCUCUACCACUCUUUCUUUUUCCCAUGAUACAGGAAUACUCUGUCCCAACUUUUACAACAUAUUAAUAAAUCUUUUCCAUAGCUUUGAACAUAUUAUUUGUAUGGGAAUCCCCUUAAUUGAUUGAUUGGUUAAUAAAGAUGAAAAGAAGCCAAUCAUCGAUUGAGAAGGAGGAGGUGAUUCUUCUGGGUCCUAGAGAGGAAAAGGGGGCUAAGGAAGAAGAAAGAGGCUUUAAACAUGGAGGCAAGAGGGAGAGGAGGCAGGAUAUAGACUGGGAACUGUUAGCCCUGGUAACAGCCUCCACCACAAGAAGAUUUCUAACAUAGAAUAAUUGGUGAGUUUAGAAGGAUAGAUUUCACACCUAGUGGUUGUGUCAUCUGUUUAUUUUAAACAAAGAGUACUGGUGUUUUCCAUUCUAAGUGACCUAGAUGAGCAUGAGGGAAAGAACAUAGCCAGGCGGCAUUCAGCUAGGGUUUUGAAUGGAAAGAAAAGUCCAAGAUCCAGAGGAGAGGAAACCACUGGAGAGCCCAGGCUGGCAAGAAUGUGCCCGGAACUGGCUAUGGGUGGUGAACUGGCAAGAGAGUGAUCUUGGAGAUCAGGAGAGGUAGAGCUGGCAUUUGUGAGAGAGGCGUUGGCUAGGAAAAACACACAGUCAUGGAUCUCAGACUCUGUACCAGGAUAGGAAUAGACACCGUCAAUGCCAAUACAUAGCUGACUUUAGCAUGGGUUCAUUUUUAAAGCUACAUGGCUACAAUAACUCAUAACCUCCGAAGCGUGUGAAUAGUCCAAUGACAUAGUAAGGUUUUUCAAAAUUUGGCUUAACAUGUGUACCUUGUUCCAUCAGCUAUACUAUAAAGAGUGUGUAAAAAACAAAUCUAGCUAUAAUCCCAGUAAGGAAAAUGUAUAUUAUUUAUGUGUUUUGAUGAACAUUCAUUUUUUUCUAUGCCUUUUACAUGUUUUGGUAUGUCUUGACAGAAAUUCAUAUUAAAAAAUGUUCAUACC